ACUUGUCCGCCAGAUCCCUGCGUGAAUGCAUAGCCACUACGGCGUACGUGACAAAGGCCUGCAGGUCACGUCGGUGGACUGCUCCGCUUAGUAUUACCUACUCCCGCUCCCUCCAGUCCCUUGCAGACAAAAACUUGAAUACUAAGCUGCACACCUACGAACCCACCGUCCGGCACGGAAGGACAUUCACCAGCGAUUUGUUCGAGUUUCUGUGCGCCGCGCCACCGAGUCAAACGACCCUUCCACCUUCAAACGUCAUAUCUUCAUCGGAGCGCACAGGCAAGAUGAUCGAGGCCGUAUCCCUUCAUCGCCUCCUACGGGCUCUCAACAGCCGCUACAUCUACGGCAAAGUCCCCCUCCUGCACGCCGCAGUGUUCCUGAUACAAAUGGCCGUCGUUUCCAUCCUCACGCGCAAGUUCAACUCCUACUAUGCCAGCAAGCCAGUCCUUACAACUAUGAUAACCAAUGCCGUUCUGGGCGGUAUUGCGGACACAGUCGCCCAGUCUUUGACCGCAAUCAGGCAACGUGCGGUCCGGAAAGAGGGUGGACUAGGCAAAGAUGACUUCGUAGCUAUUGAGAUUCACGAGCUGGACAGGAGGAACCCAUGGCCUGCGAGCGAGAUCAUCCCUGAUUCAAAGCGACUACCACCUCCGUUCGACUUCGAGCGCCUCACCCGAUUCAUGGCAUACGGAUUCCUGAUGGCGCCAGUCCAACAUAGAUGGUUCGCGUUUCUCUCGAGGACGUUUCCCAUCAGCAAAACCUCCGCCAUGGUGCCUGCUAUGAAGAGAGUUGCUUUUGAUCAGUUUUUGUUCGCCCCAGUUGGUCUCGCAUGUUUCUUCACAUUCAUGACCGUUGCAGAGGGAGGCGGAAAGCGUGCAGUCGCCCGCAAAUUCCAAGAUGUCUAUGUUCCUGCCCUCAAAGCCAAUUUCAUCGUCUGGCCAGCCGUACAGAUCCUCAACUUUCGAGUCAUGCCUAUCCAGUUUCAGAUUCCCUUUGUCUCUACUGUCGGUAUUGCCUGGACGGCUUACCUAUCCCUCACAAACUCGUCCGACGACGUGUAGACCUACUACUUCAGAUUACGAAUCUCCUUCUCCCACCUGUGAAUAAAGACUCGUUUCCAUGGGCAUACCAAGUUAUUGGAGGGCACAUGCGCCGGGCGCCCGCUUUCUUUGAUCAUUCAUAUGGCGCAUUGGAGCAUUUGUUUUGGCGCGCGGAUGGGAUGGGUGUUUGGCUGGGAGGCCGGAUUUGCUUUUCGCUCGCAACUAGAAAAACCGCACCUAUGACACUUUGAGGCUUUUCCAGACUUCAUCUCUCCAGUGCACGUGAAGUAUAUUAGACUUCUGGAAGACGUUCCGAUGACCUCGGGCAUGC